AUGUCCACUUUGAACUUCAUUCGCGUCUUGGCCAAAGAAGCAUCCUUCGCAAGUGGUGUGGGCACACCUGUCCUCACUGUGGUCGGGGACGCUUCCAGCGGCACAUGGCUCUACCGGUGCCGGUGCUGCAAGCCCCAACGUGCCGGCAACAGCCACCCGCUCUCCGCCACAAUUGCCGGAGCCCGCGAUGUGGAGCGCCAAGAGAAGUCCACCACAUACGGGAAUCCCAAGGGAUCUUUGUGGGUUGAUAUCGAAGCUGAUGAGGUGGAUCUCGGGAAGGCUUUGGUGGAAGAUGGGACGGGUGAGAUAUUGAAAUGGGAGCUGUGGUGCGGCGUCGUGGAGCGUGGAAGGCCCUCCUCAUUGCGACUCUUUCGGCUGACACCUCCUCUGAGCCAAACAAGAUCACCUGGUCCGGGCCCCAUCAAGAAGAAUACCUGGUGCAAAGUCGCAGUGUCUCUUCUGCAGACUCGGAAAGUAGUCCUUCAUACUGACGCUGCCCGCGCAUACAACCUACGCAUUCCGGGCAUGCUUCACUGCAACGUCGUUCGCAAGAAGAAGCGUGUCUACAUCAACGGAAAGGUGUCUCGAAAGCUUAAGUGGAUAAACAUGACAGCAUAUAUUUACAUGCGCGAGAUUUUGUGA